AGUGCCCCUCCCUCCCAGACCAUGUGUGAGCUGUGGGGCUCUUAAAAACCUGUUUGUUGGGUACAGCUUUCAACCCAUCCACUCUCUAUUUUCACCUUUUAUCUCUCAUUUUCUCUCUCAACAGACACUUACAAAGAAAGGGUUGGUAUGACAGACUUCAGGAUCGGUGAGUUAAGGGUAGACGGAGCAGACACAGAAGCCAGGAAUCACUCGAGUGAAGAGGAAAAUGAGGAUUGGAUUAAACCUCUUAUUCACCAGUCCCAGGGGGCUAAAGAGUUUGCCUACUGCCCCUACAGUAAGUUCCGGGUGGGGGCAGCCCUGUUGGCACAUGAUGGGACAGUUUUUACAGGAUGCAAUGUAGAAAAUGCUAGCUACAACCUUGGCCUCUGUGCAGAGAGGACCGCUAUUGCAAAGGCUGUUUCCGGGGGAUACAGAAGUUUUAAGGCUAUUGCCAUUGCCAGUGACCUGGAAGACCAGUUUGUCUCACCAUGUGGAGGUUGCAGACAGUUCAUGAGAGAGUUUGGUGAUCAUUGGUCUGUCUACCUAUCCAAGCCUGAUGGCUCUUACAAGGAAAUGACUAUAGAAGACCUGCUUCCUGUGUCCUUUGGGCCCGAAGACCUGAAGAAAAAGAGAUUGUUCACCACAAAGAAUGGGUCAUAAUAGUAUUCACAAGACAAGAGGCAAAACCAGAAUCGUUCAUAACGCCAUUACAGGUCCGUGAAAUGUUAGACUGCUGGGCUGGAUAAUGGGCUGAUUUGCCAGCCAUUAGGACUAUAGAAUUUAUUAGUUGAAUAAUGUCAUUGGAUAUUAUUUUUCUUCUGUCUGUGCCUUUGAAGUUAGGAAAAUCAGUCUCAAUGUGUUUUCUAACAAUUGUUUGAAAUGCAGUAAAUUACAUCAAAUGAUAUUUAGCUACACAGCUCAUAAUCACAUUAGUAUUUGCAUUUGUAUGAUUUGCAAGUGCUUGUUUGAAGUAUCAAUGUUGAAAAUGCAUUUUGAUGAAUUGCUCAUUAAUAUUACAAUAUUUUAGGACAUUUGUGUACAGUUUUGAUUGUGUUUAGGUCUAUUUGCAUCAUUUGCUGACACCAAUAACAUUGUCAUUGUCUCUUUAAUUCUAAAAACAGGUCAAGUAAUUUUUUUUUUUUUUUUAAACGUCAGAAGCGUAAGAACGUAAGAAGCACGUUCUUUGUGACUGUUCCAGUUUGUUUACAUAACUAUUCGUCCUUGUGUUGUGUAACGUUGAAGCGAGACGGUGAAUGGUGGUUGGAAGAGCGCGCUUGUUUGAAAUGGAAAAGCGUAGCGCUAGCUUUUGAUAAAGAAGAACAUCAAGACGAAGCAGCUGCUUUAUAAGUGGUAUGCAGUGUUGAGUAGUUGAUCUAGAAGUGUUGGAGAGACUACAGAAAGAUAGGGAGGGUGUUGAUCCAUCUGAUUUGUUUAGAGACGUCUCGAUUUUAUUUAUAUUAUGUUUAUUUAUUUAACCUUUAUUUAACUAGGCAAGUCAGUUAAGAACAAAUUCUUAUUUACAAUGACGGCCAAACCCGGACGACGCUGGGCCAACUGUGCGCUGCCUCAUGGGGCUCCCAAUCACAGCCGGAUGUGAUACAGCCUGGAUUUGAACCAGGGACUGUAGUGACACCUCUUGCACCUCUUGCACGCCACAGGAUUUUGUGGUCAUUUGCACAGAUGGUUCAAAAGAUCCAAGGACAUGACAUACUGUGUCAGCAUUUGUAGUGCAGGAGUGUGGGGUGGCAGUCAGGAAACGUAUUACAGAUCAUCUGUAUGUAUAUACGACAGAGCCGAUGGCCAUACUGUUGGCCUUGCAGUUGGUGGAGGAAGUCAAGCCAGACAGAGUAGUUAUUUGCUCUGAUUCAUGUGCAGUGUGGAUGAGUCUCCAGUCCUUUAUAUCACGUAGCAGACAAGACCUGCUUUAUGAGGUGCUACAAACCCAUGGCUGGAUUAGACAGAUGGAUAUACAGAUAAGAUUUACUUGAAUCCCAGCCCAUGUGGGGUUGGAGGGGAAUGAGGCAGUUGAUGUACUGGCUAAACAAGCACUUAGUAGUGGGGAUGUUGUAGUUUCAAUGAGCAAGGCAGAGGCAAAAAGCCUGACAUGGACAGUGAUGGUGAAGAGAUGGCAGGAGCAGUGGAAUAGAGAUACUAAGGACUGUCAUUUAUUUCAAGUACAGAGUAAAGUCGGAGAGGGGAGGAUGGCAGGAAGGGACAGAAGAGAGGAGGCUAUUUUUACAAAAUUAAGGGUGGGACACAGCCGGUUGAAUAAGUCUUAAAUGUGAUAGGAAAGCAUAGAACAGGAAAGUGUGAUUAUUUUCCAGGAAACAAGACAGUGGAGCAUGUAUUGCUACAGUGUGGGAAGUAUCAGAGGGAAAGAGAGAGGCUGAGAUCUAGUAUGAGGGAAAAGGGGAUACAGGAAUUGAGUUUAAAAAGUAUAUUGAGUAGAACGUCAUUAGAUCUAGUCUAAAAUAGUUUGUUAUAUUUUUUAAAAGCAACGGGGCUGGCAGGUAGGAUUUAGUUUCUCCCUGUCUUUGGCCCACACUUCAGUACAGUAAGUGGUGGUAAUGCGCUAUCACGUUGGAUGCUAACCGCUGAUAAACCCCACAGAAGAAGAAGAAGAGUGCUACAUCCAGAUGUGUUCAUGCUGAUUGUACGGAGAUUGUGACAGACGGUUAAAUGGCGUCCCUUGAGAAGGCAAGAACAAGAUGUACGUCAGGAGAAAUGCAGUAUUAUCACAAGGAGACGUAUACUUGGAAUACGGAGGAGCAAUGGAGGGAAAAAGAGAGGCAGAGGUCUAAGAGAGAGAGGGAGGAAGAGGGUGAGCUUGAGUCGGUUAAAAAUGGUGGAAAAAAGGGAGAGGAUUUGUUAAAGAAGGAUGGUAGAAAGUGUGAGCUGAAGACAGGAGGAGAAAUGGAAGGGAAUGAGGGUGAAGUACCUGAGCUGGUAGGUGUGGUGAGGUUCUCUGCGCCCUAGGCUUGCACCAAGGGUUAGGAUAAAGAUGAGUACAUAUUUAUUUUUUUAACCCAUUUGUAGUUUCAGGGUGUGUGAAAACAGAGUUGGGUGCUGUGGAAUCGGUAACCAGAAGUGGUCUUGUGAUAAUUGUGUUUCUGCUGGUCAGUGGGAGAAGGCUCUCCGUGUUAAACGAAUGGGGGCAAGAAAUGUGAAUUGUUUUGCUCUCAAGAAAAGGCCACCAUUGAAAGGAGUGAUUACUGAGGUAGCGGUAAAUGUAAAAGUUGACCAACUGAAGGGGAAGAUUCCCGGUGUUUGGGAUGCUCGUCGUUUGGUGCAACGCAGACAGGGUGGCGUGAGUGGUGAAACAGAAGUCAUUGUCUGUUCUUUUGAGUUUUGAUGUUGAUUCUUUGCCCAACAAAGUGAUGUUAGGAUAUAUAAGGUAUCCUGUAUGAGCUUUUGUGACAAAUAUAUUACGUUGUUACAGGUGUCAAGCUUAUGGGCAUCUGACAGCAGUGUGCAGGAGUCAGGUUCCUUGGUGUGCAGAAGGGCAUGAGACAAAGGAAUGGGUAGCAUUGGGGAAAGUAGUGGUAUGUGUUAAGUGUAGGGAUGCCCAUGGGGCUGGGGAUAAGAAAUGUCCCGUGUGAGAGAGGCAGGUUGAAGUUUCAAGGGUUAGAAUAGUGCAGAAGUUGUCAUAUGCUGAGGCAGUGAAGAAAGUAGACAGAUGGGUUUAGGGGGAGGGAUCCGGAGAGGAGUGGUGUGAGUAGUAGAACUGUACCAGUACAGAGGGAUAGGGCAACAAGUCAUAUAUGUUUGAGUAAGAUUGGAUUUAUAGCAAUGGUUACCAACUGUACUGCAGGGAGGGAACAUAAGUUGCAGAAAAUUGAGGUUGUGGUGCAGAGAGGUAUUUGGGUGUGCGAGACUUGACAUCAGAAGAGUUACAGGGUGUGUUAAGUAAUAGUGUCCCAUCCUUUCAGGUUGUUGACCUGAGGGGUGACUAAAUAGCACUUGGAAAGUUCCUCAGCGUACACAUCACAGACAAACUGAAAUGGUCCACCCACAUAGACAGUGAGGUGAAGAAGGUGCAACAGCGCCUCUUCAACCUCAGGAGGCUGAGGAAAUGUAGCUUGUCACCUAAAACCCUCACUAACUUCUACAGAUGCACAAUUCAGAGCAUCCUGUCAGCUGUAUCACCACCGCCUGGUAUGGCGACUGCACAGCCCAUAACCGCAGGGCUCUCCAGAGGGUGGUGCGGUCUGCACAACACAUCACCAAACUACCUGCCCUCCAGGACACCUACAGCACCCGAUGUCACAGGAAGGCCAAAAGGAUCAUCAAGGACAACAACCACCUGAGCCACUGCCUGUUCACCCCGCUACCAUCCAGAAGGCGAGGUCACUACAGGUGGAUCAAAGCUGGAACCAAAAGACUGCAAAAUAGCUUAUAUCUCAAUGCCAUCAGACUGUUAAAGAGCCAUCACUAACACAGAGAGGCUGCUGCCUACAUACAGACUUGAAAUCAUUAGCCACUCUAACAAAUGGAUCACUAGUCACUUUAUUAAUGCCACUUUAACAAUGAUGUUUACAUAUCUUGCACUAUUCAUCCAACAUGAAUAUACUGUAUUUUAUACGGUCUAUACCGGUCUGUCAUGGCCCAUCCAUAUAUUUAUAUGUACAUAUUCUUAUUCCAUCCAUUUACUUAGAUUUGUGUGUAUUAUGUAGUUGUUGUGGAAUUGUUAGAUUACUUGUUA